AUGAUUCCACCAAAAGCAUUAGAAUUUUUCAAGAGUUUCAAUAACGAUUUUCCAAAAUGGAAUAUACCAAAUCCAGAAAUUCAUAUACCAAAUUUUAAUAAAGAAACUAUCAUAUUAACUAAAUCGAGUGCUUUAAUUUUAAAAAAUCAUUUACAACCAAAACCUUUCAAAAUAGAAUUAUGUUACUUACCUAAAGUUAUUAUACCUGAAAAAUAUUUUAUUAGAGUGCCUGAACUACCCAAUGAUAAAGAGAAGAAUGAACUAACUUUUAACAAGUUUAUGCCUGUACAAGUUCCAGCCUUAAAUGAAACAGAAGGAAGAAAGAUAUUAUCUAAUUUUAAUCAGGAAGAAUUAUCAUCAGUUUAUACUCCAAGCAAUAAAGAGUCAACAUCCAAUAAAUCAAGUAAACUAUAUUAUUCAGUCUUUGCUGAAGUUCCAAUACCUUUAAAAAUCAAACCAAAAGACUUACCAUCACCUAAAUUUCCAAAAUGGGAUCAGCAAAAAAUUAAUCUAUUUGAUAUAAUUCCUGAAAAAAUUGAACAUGAACUUCCUGAAAAAAUUCCUAAACUCAACUUUUUACAUCAUGAACAUCAAAAAAAUUCAUAUUUAAUCCCAUUGAAUAAAUUUUUAUCAUCAAAUAUAACUCAAAAUUUAAAUUUUCCAAAAUGGGAAAAGGUUGAAACACCAAAACAAUAUGAUUUUCAUGAUUUAAAUUAUCAUUUAUUUAAUCAACAUUCAGAUUUUAAAAGUAGAAAAUAUAUGGUUCAGUCAAUUACUUCAUUCAAUCCAAAAGAAAUAACUGAUAAACAAUUUUUGAAUGAUUUUUUUCAUAAACUGUUCAAUUUCAAAAAAUGGUAUUUGAAAAGAUACCAAUUAUCAAUUGAAAUGGAUUGGAAACCAUUUGUUGUAGAUUUAAAAGAUUUACAAUCUCAAUUUAUGAUUGAACAAAUAAAUUCAACUUUUGAACCUAACAAAAAAUAUAAUUUUGAUCCAACAAAGAUUGAAAAACAAGAUAUAACAUAUGAACAUCCCCCUAUUCCAAUUAAAUUUAACUCACCAACUAUUGAGAAUCAAAUUAUGAAAUCCAAAUCAAAAAAUGAAACAACAAUUGAAAUUCCUCAAUUAACUAAUCAAGCCACAUAUCAUAAUGAUACUGAUGAAUUAGAUAUUUUAAUUCAAAAAAAGAAAAGAAAAUUGAAUAAAACAACUGAUAUACCCACAGAAUUAUCAUUAAUUCUGUUUUUACAACCUAAAUCAAAAACUCCUGAACUUGAUCCAAUACAAGAACCACAAACUUUUCAAUUUCAAGAUACAACAAUUUUAACUGAUUCUUCUAAAAAAAUUUCAUAUGAUUCAAAUCAAUAUAUUUUAAUAAAUCAAAAAUCUUGGGAUAAAAAUUAUUCCCUUUUAAAAUCAAUUGAAACAAAGAUUAAUUUAAUUGAAUGUCAUUUAAAUUAUUUAGUUGAUAUUAUUGUAAAUUUAACUACUGGCAUAUAUAUCACUAAAAUUAAUUUAUUAACUCAAAUUAAUUCAAAAGGUGAAUAUUUAAUACUAGCGGAUUUAAUUGAAAUGAAAUUACAUUUUCAUAAAUUAUAUAUUUUAGCUAUUGGUAAUGAAUCUUCAUUAAUUCAUGGUGGUGAAAUUUUACAAAAAUUUCAAUUAAUUUGUCUGUCUUUAAAUAUUAUUAUUUUAUUUAUUUCCAAAGAUGAUUUAGAAUUAUGGUGUUUUGAAAUUUUUGAAAUUGAAGAACCUUAUAAAAAUGAUUUUUUAAUUGAUAUUGAAGAUUUGAAUUGUAAUUUACUUUGUGAAUUUGGUUUGAAUUAUUUUCAAGCUAAUCAUAUUUUACAAAAUUAUACAUUAAAACAAUUUAUUGAAUAUAGCCUUAAUGAUAAAAUUAAAUAUUUUGGUAAUUUCAUUUGUAUUGAUUUAUUAAAAAAGACUGAAUUUAUUGUGUCAAAAGAAUUGAAAUGA